UCUGCGCCCGCCCCGAAUCAGCGGUUCUCCACGCACCCAGCCUUCAGCGAGACGUGCCGCGCACCGACGGAGCGGACAUGGGCAGAGCGAUGGUGGCCAGGCUCGGACUGGGGCUGCUGCUUCUGGUGCUGCUCCUACCCGCGCAGAUUUGUUCAGCUAACACUACUACUGUAAACACACUUUCAAGUAACUUCUCCCAGAGUACCUCGGCUGCCCCAAAUACAACUAGUGUCACCGCCAAGUCAGGUAGCGGUGCUCUGCAGUCAACAGCCAGUCUCUUCGUGAUCUCCUUCUCCCUUCUACGUCUCUACUGUUAAGAGACUCAGGCCAAGAAACAUCUGUACUUCUCCAUCUUCUAAACCCAAUCCAAAUGGCAUCUAGAUGUCCAGUGUGGCAAGGGAAAAAACAGGUCUUCAUCAAAUCGGCUAAUUCCACACCUCAUUUUAUUGACCCAGAAAAUGUUGAGGAUCCCAAAUUUGAUUGGCUUGAAGAGCAUGUGAAAGGUUUGACUAGAGGAUGAAUGCCAGUAUUAAAUCUGCUGGAGUUUCACGUACAAGAUGAAGAGAGACAACCUCCAAAAAUUUUAAGAGAUGAUUUCCUGAAAUGUGGCUUAAGAAAUAUAGACUCAUAAAACUCUACCUUGAAAAUAAGAAUAGAUUUUAUCUUAUCUAAAGAUCAAGGAUGGGAUGUGGAACAGAGAUUCAGUUUUCAUUUGGUUCUUUAAACCUAUGAGGCCAUAAAACAGGUAAUAUAAAAAGCUUCCAUGAUUCUAUUUGUGUGUUCAUUAGAAGGAACUUCCAGGUGUUACUGUAAAUCCUCAAUGUAUUGUUUCAACAGUACUAAUUUAAUGCCGAUGUACUCUAGAUAAAGUUUUAUAUUGUUAAGCUAUCACUGUUCUCUUGAGAACUGAACUCUUUUUUCCUCUGAGACUUUGGAUUUGACAUUGUAUUUGACUUUAUGUAGUAAUUGGCAUGUGCCAGAAUAAUGAUGGAUUGGAAUCUACCCUAAAUCCAAGCAUAAUGAGUAAAUUUUGCUUAUGUACUAAUCACCCAUAUUCAACAAGAGCGCCAGAUUCGUUUAACUGAACUGAUUCCAAAUAGAAGUGCAUUGACCUCAACUAGUUUCAAAAUGCUUUCUAUUUCAGCCUAUGUCGAAUACUUUUUACAAUUUAAAAAGUGGUCUGUUUUGAAGGUAAAAUUGACAAAUCUUGAAAUUAAAAAGGCAAAUAUGUGAAGGAGCUGAAACUGUAAAUCAAGUAUUUUAGAAGUGAAGACUGGAAGCUAACUUUCAUUAAAUUCGGAAAAACUUUUAUACUCUUUCUGUAAAUACUUUUUUUAAAAACUAUGAAUCAGAAUAGCCACAUUUGGAACACUUUCUGUUAUCAGUCAAUAUUUUUAGAGAGUUAGAACCUGGUCCUAAGCCUAAAGUGGGCUUGAUUCUGGAAAGUAAAUCUUUUCACAACUGCCUCGAUGCACAAAAACCUUUUUAAAAAUAGACACUCCCUAAAGUCUUUUGUUCGCAUGGUCGCACACUGAUGCUUAGAUGUUGCUGUGUGUGAUAUGACCACAGUAGUCUUGAUAACCAGUCAUUUUUUUUUCCAUCUUUAGAAACCUACACCAGAACAACAAUAUCCAACAGAUCUCAAGCUACUGUGUGUGUGAAUGAACAUUCCCUUUU